AUGUCCUUGAGAGAAGUAAUUAACUAUGAGGUUCCCAUCUAUAUCCCAUUGUCUUACAGCAAUAGGACUCAUAAAAUAUGUAAACUCCCAAAUGGUAUCUUGGCUUUAUUAAUAUCAGAUCCUACAGAUACCUCAAGCUCAUGUUCACUUUCAGUUUGCACGGGCUCCCAUAACGAUCCAAAGGACACUUUAGGCUUAGCACAUCUUUGUGAACACAUGAUCCUUGCUGCCGGUUCCAAACAGUAUCCGGAUGCGGGUUUAUUUCAUACAUUAAUUGCCAAAAAUAACGGUUCUCAAAAUGCUUACACGACAGGAGAGCAGACGACUUUCUAUUUUGAGCUCCCCAAUUCUCAAAGCAAUGGUGAAUUUGCGUUUGAAUUUAUAUUGGACGUGUUUGCUUCAUUUUUUAAAAACCCACUCUUCAACCCCUUAUUGAUAAGCAAAGAAAUAUAUGCCAUACAAAGUGAGCACGAGGGAAACAUUUCAUCAACAACAAAAAUAUUUUACCACGCAGCAAGACUGUUGGCUAAUUCCGAUCAUCCUUUUAGCCGCUUUUCCACUGGAAACAUCCACUCAUUGUCAAGCAUACCGCAAUUGAAAAAAAUAAACUUGAAGAACUCAUUAAACGCCUAUUUUAAAAAUAAUUAUUUCGGCGAGAAUAUAACGAUCUGUAUAAGAGGGCCACAAUCCGUUAAUAUUCUUGCGAAAUUAGCCAUUUCCAAGUUUGGUGAUAUUAAGCCUAAAAACAGCGUGGAAGGAAACAAUUUUUCAAUCAGAGCAGGGUCAUUUCGAAGAUCACGUUCAGUGAAAAGCACCGGGGAUUUUUCGAAGAAUGAUCAUCGGAAAUUAGAGAGCUUUAAAAUACUAGAAACCGUAUGGGAGGAAAAAUACAAAAAUUCAAAGUGUUUUGAACAUCCUCCGGGAAAGAAUACGAUAUUUAUUAAUUCAAACAAAUCCCCAGUAAUCAGAUUUCUUUUUCCAGUCUCAGACAAAAAUACCAGGUUUACGAAAGAAGACAUCAAAAUUUACAGUCAUUUAUGGUGUGAACUUUUUGGCGAUGAAUCUCCAGGUUCUUUGGGCUCUUACUUAGUGUCAAGAGGCUGGAUAACAAAAUGCUUCGCCUUCACCUCAGAAUUUGCUAUUGGUAACAUAGGAUUGAUGUUGGAGCUAGAACUUACAAAUAGUGGCUGGGAAAGCAUUAAGGACAUUACGACAACAAUAUUUUCUAAACUCUUACCGUCCUUUUACGUAAAGAACAUCGAUUAUUUGAUCACUUUUUUGAAAGAGCAAAAUUUAAUUGAUAUUGCCCGUUUUCUAUACCAGAGUUCAGAGGAUAUACCCAUGGAAGAAUGUUCAAAUUUAAGUACUAUUCUUCAAGAAAAUUUGGAGUAUCUGACCCCCUCCAAUGUAUUUAAAGGAUUCAAAUCUCUUAUUGAAAUAGAUGAUCCCAAUAUUGACAAGUAUGAAAACAGUGAGGCUAACAUGCAAUGGUGGAUAGGUCAGGCAAUAAAGUUUCAAAACUUUUUAAAGUCGCACAUGAAUCAUGAAAACACGCGCCUUUUGAUAUUAGGGAAUGUAAAAUCCUACGAGGUGUUUGACAAGAUCGAAAAAAGGAGUGAAAUGUACACUGACUUUUUUUAUGAGUUUGAAUAUUAUACGGGAAAGGUAGAUCUGACGAGAGAUGAUGAGUCUUAUGCAAAAAGCUACUAUGAAUUUAAUUUUCCAACAAGCAAUAUUUUUUUACCGGAUUACAUCAAUGAUCCUUUGAAACUACAACAACUGUUCCUAGAAUGUUCACUAAAAUCUAAGUUCGCUACACUUAGGCCCCAAAUUCAAAGUGAGCCCACCAAAAGACUACCUCAAUUAGUCAGCAAAAACCUGAACUAUGAGAUGUGGGUACUAAAGGAAGAUCCAAAUUUUAUCUCGGAUAAUAAAUCAAUCGUAUCGUUUGAAAUCUUGGGAUUAGGUAUCAAACCUAGUCCAGAAGCGACAAUCCAUUUGGAGGUACUAGCACAGGUACUAUUUAUUAUAACAUCUUCAUACCUUUAUCCUGCUCUAAGGGUUGGUUAUACGUACGAGAUUGCUUCCUCUAGUAAGGGCAAUGUGACACUCCGGUUUACCAUUUCUGGAUUUUCUGAGGGUGUUUAUACGAUAGCAAAAACAUUCGUAGAUACCCUAAAAAAGAUUGCAACGGAUGCGACCUUCCUUUCCAAAGAUACAGUGAGAAAGGCAAGAAUUUUAGUCAGAAGGAAAUAUGAGGGGGCAUCAUCUGAUAACUGCGUGAAAUUAGCUAGCAUUGGGUUAUUGAUUGUUUUGGAGGAGUAUAUGUGGACUUUACAGGAUAGAAUUGAUGCACUAGAGCUUACAGAGACGAGCUCUUUCAAAGAAUUCUGUUAUUUGUUUUGGAACAAUCCCAAACGCUUGGUCUUGCUUAUACAAGGAAAUCUUGAAUAUGCCGACGAAAUCAACCAUUACUUAAACAACAAUUUUACGCAGCACCUCAAAGUAAGUAAUGAAGAUAAUAGGCCGACCAUAUGCCUUUAUCCCUCACCCAGCACUAAAAAUCUAGAUCGUGGCACAAAUACCUUCGUAUCGUAUAACGGUCACCAAGAUGAUCCAAACAACAGUAUUGUGUAUUUUAUUCAGACAGCAAAAAGGAAUGAUAUCGAAAGCAUGACACUAACAUUCCUAACUGAGUAUUUGUUUUCACUGACAUUAGUGCCUGAUUUGAGAAAUAAGAAACAAAUUGGGUACAUUGUCUUAGGAGGCCUCAGAGUUUUAACAGAGACCGUUGGAAUUCACAUAACUGUGAUGUCUGGAGGCCCCGCUCAUAAUCUUGAAAACAAAAUCAAUGAAUACCUAUCUUAUUUACAAUUGCAAGUCCUAAACACCUUUACAGAAUCCGAUUUUCGCAGAAUACUUCUGGAACCAUUUUUAGCCCUAUUGAAACAGAAUAGUUUUAAUAAACUAGAAUCAUCGUCUGGUCCUGUAAACCUGUUGAAUGAGAUAGUAGCCAAUGUACAAAACGGCGACAAUUAUACUCUCAACAAUAGGCAGAUGAAACAACAUAGGAAAAUAAGGAACAAAAUUAUCGAAAGAAGGUUCAGUUUUCAAGACGAAUAUGAAAUGUUUGACAUUCCAUUUUUGCAAGGAUUAACUCUGAAAAGAUAUUUGGAAUUUUUCGAAUCAAAAAUCUCUAUAUACUCCAGGCAAAGAAGUAAGCUUUCAAUCAUGAUUACAAGCCCAAUGGCAGAAGAAGACAUUGUCAGCAGAAAAAUGUUUCUCCAGCUGGAGGCCUUCCUGAAAAUAAAAGGGUUUGCAAUAAAGAGUGAAGAUUUGAAAAGUAUUGUUGAUAAUUCAAAAGGUAGCCCUGUUUUACUUAUAAAGAACCUUUUUACUUCUUUUCGAAGGAGAAAUGAAGCUUUCAAGCUUGGUGCCGUUGUAUUACAGGAAAUAUCGAAAAUAAUCAUUGUUAGUUUCAAACAGAGGUAUGAUUCUAUUUUAGGUUUUCCUUUGCAUAAAAAUGAACAUCAAGAUAUAGAGAAAUUUUGGAAGACAGAUAUAAAGCCGAUUAUUCCUCUUCAAGGGCUUCCUGACCCAAAUGUUUUCCGAAGAGACGCUCUUUGA